AUGAGGCCGAAAGCGUGCACGACAUGUCGCCAGUGGAAAGCUCGCUGUGAUGCCUCGACCAGUCACCCAGACCCUUGUACUAGAUGUCGAACCCUUCGUCGGACUUGUACUUUUGACCGCAACUUCAAGCGGAUCACCAAGGCGAAACGCAUUCUGGAGCUGGAAGAAGAGAUCAAUCAUCUCCGAGGCACUGCCGCCCAGCCUCUUCAAAGCCAACCCCAGCCAUCUUCUACAACAAUAUCUGCCAGUCCGCAUACAUCUCCUGCUGACAAAACCUGCCCGCCUCCGGCAACAAUUGUCGCAACAUCCACACCGCCAGCAGACGGACUUUGUCUCUCGGCCAAGUCGAUUGGCAAUGUCCAUUUCAGCGCAGCUCAGGUGACGGAGCUUUUCCGAAUCUUCUCAAUCCGCUGCCAUCCUCACCUCCCCAUGAAUAUGUGUCUUUCGCCGGACCCAGUGUUUGACAGAUGUCCCCUGUUGUUCUGGGCCAUUUGUGCGGCCGCUGCUUCAGAUCAUCCCAUACUUCUGCUUCAGCCAGAGAUCUCCAGCCUCGUCGCCACUAUCAUCGCCACUCCCCCUCGGUCCGUUGAGAUUGUUCAGGGCCUUCUAAUUCUUUGUAUGUGGCCGUUUCCUUACUCCAACACCACGGAAGAUCCUUCUCUUAUCUACAGCGGCAUGGCGACUCAGGCGGCCCUUCAGAUGGGUCUACAUCGACCCAAUUUUGGAAACGAGUUCAGUUCAAAAAAGGACCCAUCAGUGGAGCGGGAAGAGGUCAAGAGGUCAACUUGGUUAGCCUGUUACAUUGUGGCCCAACUGCAGUCAUUUCGCCUGGGCAUUCCCCUCUCGAUCCCCGUGGAUUUUUCUUUUCGGGCAGCCCUCAGUGGCAGCCAUAUUUCUCCGCUCCUGGCCAACCUGUAUCGAAUCUCUCAAUUCACUACACAGUUUAAUAGUGUCAUCGGUGCAAGUGCAUCAACGCCGUCAGGUUUGUUGGAACCCUCGACUCGAAUUGACAUGAUCAAACUCUUCCUUGUCGAAUUUGACCGGCUUAAAGAAGAAAUCGCUGGCGAGACAUCCCAGAUGCUCGAUCUGAGUCUUCUUGCCUCUAAAUUGCAGCUGUUGUCGUUCGCAUUACAUGAUGAUACUCCGAGAUCAGAAGAUAUUGUCCCCCUUUACUACCAGGCCGAGAACGAGGCCAUGCGUCUCAUCCAGACGGCAUCAGAAUGCAACCUCUCAAUUGUACCCGCACACAUUUUGCGACAUUUGUUUUUUGCCACCGUGAUGCUGAUAAAAAUUUCUUGGUCUCCAUAUAUCAGCCAACGCGAACUUGUCCAGGACAAAAUCAACCAUGCCAUUCAAUCGCUGUCUACUGCCGUCAAAGUCCAAGACGAUCAUACUCAGAGAGGAUGUCACUUAUUGCGUAGCACAAUGAUAUUGAGAGAUUGCAAGAGAACGCCAUCGAUACGGUCAAGAAUGGCUUCGUCAUUGUUGUUUGACAAUAUGCGGGUGCGGAAAGAAUAUGUGGACGAAGCUUCGGCUGCCGUUGUCCCCCCCAACUUUUUGGAUUUGGAUGGAAUCGACUGGCAGGAUCUCGGUGCAAUCUUCGUGUAA